UGGCGCACCGCGCAGUGUUGUGGCGGGCGGCGAAGUGGGUUUAGGAUGUCACCAGCAGCUUCGUUUGGAGUACGAUGGGCUCGUGAUAACUUGACAAGAGAGGCAACUGAAGACGAAAUUCAAGCUUUGAACAUAUUUCCUGUGACCUGCGAUGGAGACGAGGUUGAAGCUUCCAAACGAGCUCGAAGAUACUACACAGCCAGAGGCCCGGGAGGACUAACAGAACUCUGGCAUAAAAGACAUCCCGAUGAUGAUGAAAUCCUCUCUAGCUGCCAAGACACUUAUAUAGUACCUCUUCGAGCGAGAAGCAGAGGAGGCAGCCGGAUGACACUUAUUCGUCUUCCGGCUCCCGCUAUAAAUCGAACUCUAUCAGCUAAAGCCUUGCUGGCGAGGUGGCUUAUGAUAUUAGAUAUCAGAUUACAAGAAGAUCCAACCCCCGGGGACGAAGUGGUAUUCAUUGACGUCACUGACCUACAACCCUCGCAUCUUAAGAACCACUUCAGAGGAUCCCAUUGGAGAGAUUUUAUCUGGUGUAUAAGGUCCGCUUACCCCCGAAAGUUCUCAGCGAUUCACAUAAUAAAUACGCAACGCUUAAAGACAAUGUCGCUACUCCUCCUUCAUAUGGGGUUGUACCCAUGGCGGCGCAAGAUAUUCCAUACUCACGCUGAUCCUGAGCAAAUUAAGCGCGCCAUGGGUUUUGACUGUUUCCCCCAGGAAGGACUUCCGUAUGAGUACGGAGGGAAGGCUGGGGCUAUGAAAGAUCUGAACGACGAAUGGACUAAAAAACUCCUGCUCAAUUCAAAAUGGCUGCAAAUGGAAGAACGGAAAUAUUACGAAACGGAAUUGAAACCGCCGAUAAAACGUGAUAAGAGAUCAGUGCGGAGGCUGCGAGCUAGUAUCUCGUAUGACAUUCUUACACGAACACAUUCAUGCAGGUCUCUAAAAUGUGAUGAAUAUGACGAAGGGCUGCAGGGCGCGUACAGGACACUCAAAGUUUCUGACCGUGAUUAUUAUGUAUGAAUAUGAUUCAUAGUAUAAUAUUGUGAAUACAAUAAUGAUGAGUAUUUCAAUGAAAUAUAUAUAUGACUUUAAAAUUUUAUUGCCAAGUAAUAAAACGUUUGUCGAUA